AUGAAGGGCUUGCAGGACGAACGAAUAAAGUGUGAAGGAGGACGAAUGGGCAAAGGAGCAAAAACGGGGGAAGUCGAAAGGGACAAAGAACGAAAAACCAAACCGGGGGAUGAAGGUGUCGAAGGACAAACGGAACAAAUCGGGCCAAAGAAGAAAGGGACGAAGGACACGGGGGAGAGGGGGACAGAAGACAGGAUGGACGAAAGAGACGAAGGACACAAAGGACUAAGGGGACUAAAGACACGAAGGACGAAAGAGAAAAAUUCAACGAAAAAAAGGGACGAAGGACAUAAAGAAUGGAGGGAACGAAAGACACGAAGGAUGGAAAACGAAGAGGACAAAGAAGACGCAGAACGAGUGGACGAAGGACACAAAUUUCGAAGGAGACGAAGGACGAAGGGACGAAGGACACGAAGAACGAAGGGGACGAAGGACACGGAGAACGAAGUAGUCAAAGGAAUACAAAGAACGAAGCGGAAAAACGAAGCAAGCGAAUGA